UCUUCACUUCUUAGUUCCUGUUUGAAAGUGGGAGUAACAGUUUGUGGUAGCAUCUGCUGGUUGAAUGAAAACAGGUUUGAGUUGAUAGCCAUACUGUUAACAUUGUUGAGGUUCUUAAACUUCCAAGCAAAAUAGAUAACUGCUUUCCAGUUAUUAUGCACAUCAGUGAUCCAUCAUCUCCUCCAAUGGCCAGUGUCAUUACAAACGAUAACAAGAGUCAACUAAAAGCUGAGCUAGCACAGAGAGAAGAAGAAUUAUUUAAGGCAGUGGACUAUGGCCAGCAAUUGUUAGAGGAGAAAGAAGCACUGGUGGAGGAGCUGGAGAAAAUGAAAUUGAAAUGUGAAGAAGCUGAAGGAAGAUACGCUUCUCAAAAGGUUUCUUACGACAAGUCUUUGCAGUUUUUGCAGCAGACGACAAGCGAUCAAAUGAAAGAGCUAGAGGAGGAGCUUGAGAGAAAAGACAACAAUUUGAAGGGGCUGGAAAACAAACUGAAAGGAGAGCUAAAGAGCUUUGAGCUCUUGUCAGAGGAGAAUGCAAAAAAUGUUGAAGAUCUGAGAAAACUGGAACUAGAACUGGAGAAAAACAAGAAAUCCUCUAAGGCUAUGUUAGAUGAUUCUGAGGCAAUGGUGAAAGACCUUCAAGAACAAAUUGUACAAUUGCAAGAAAUAAAUGAAGAAACAUUAUCAGAAUUGAAAGAAAAGAAAGAAGAGGAAAGGACAUUAAGAAUGGAGUAUAGUGAUCUCUUGGAAGAUCAUCAAAAACUCAGAGAAGAAUUGAGCAUGACUCAGCAAGCUUGCUUUCAAUGGCAUUCAGAAUAUAAAGAGCAACUGGAGCAAACAAAGGUUUUGACAGAGUCUUUAAAUGAUCAGGCUUCUUUAAUGCUCACUAAAAAGGUUCCUGACAUAGAGCCAUUAUCAGAAGAAAUGAAGUCACUAUUCAGUGAUUGUGAAAGAUGCUCCAUUUUGCAAGAAGAUAUAGAGCGCCUCCAGGCAGACUACACUGAGCUUAAUGAUCAGCUCAUGAAAGUUGUCCAGCAAAAAUAUGAACUGCAGCAACAGUUAGAAGACUGGCAGAGUGACAUGGAAAGGCUAAUAGGAAGACAGCUGGAGAGGUAUUAUAAAAAAGAAUAGAAUAAUAGAAUAAAU